GCCCGGUAAAUUUGCGCCUUUGGUGAAAUUAUACUUUAUAGGAACUACCAGCUUUUGCUGAGGGUGGAAAAUGUCAUCCAUUGACAAGUUAUCUAUACAGGGAGUCCGCAGCUUCGGUUCGAAUGCCGAAGACCUUCAGAGUAUUACGUUUACAUCGCCGGUUACCUUGAUUCUGGGCGAGAAUGGGUGUGGAAAGACGACUAUAAUAGAGUGUCUCAAGUACGCCCUGACCGGCGAAUGCCCUCCGGGAAGCGACCGCGGUAAAAGCUUUGUCCACGACCCCAAGAUCUUUGGGUUGAAUGAAUGCUUGGCGCAGAUCAAGAUGCAGGUGCGCGACAAAAGGGGCGCCCAGGUUUCUAUUUGCCGCACGAUGAAGGUGUCCAAUAAGCGCAACAAAGUGUCCUUUGAGACGAUGGACUCCACCAUUAACUUCCUCACGGGCGCCGGGCAAUCGAAGCGCGAUAAUCAGGACUCCUUGAGCGGUCGCACAGUGGACAUUGAUGUGGCCAUUUCGGACUUCAUGGGUGUCUCGAAGGCAAUCAUUAACAAUGUUCUGUUUUGUCACCAAGAGGACUCUAGUUGGCCGCUGGACGAAGCUAAAAAGUUAAAAGAAAAAUUUGAUGCUAUAUUUGGGAUUACCGAGUACAACAAGGCCUUGGAUAAAAUCAUAAAGAUGCGCAAGGCAGCCGUGGAUGAGUUGAAGGUUAUGGAUGCCAACAUGAAGCAUGUGAAAUAUCUAAAGGAGGAAAUGGAGGCUAAAACUUUGAACUUGCAAAAAGCUCAACAGAAAUGCGACGGCAUAAACGCGCAGUGCAAGGAAUGCGAUGAGGAAAUGAAACCCAUUGACGCAAGGCUAGUUGAAAUUCGAAACGUAGAAUUCGAAGUUGGCAAAUAUCAAGCACAAAAAGUGGAAAUGGACACAAAGCACAAGAACUGCAAGGAUCAGAUCUCCAACAUAACAUGGAAGAUUAAGAACCUGUUUAAUGGUUCUUUGGAUGAAUUGGAAAUAGAGAUCAACAACUUUGAUCAGCGCAUGCUGGAAAUGAAGCAACAGCGCUCAGAGGCGGAACAAGGUCUAACCCAGCUUAAGAAAGCCAGUGCAACUGAGCAGGAAAAGUUGGGCACGCAAGACAAGAGGCUUUGCCUGGCCAAGCAGCGUCACCAGAGUGAACAGGCUUGCAAAACCCAGCUUUUGAAGCGAGUCAAGGACUUCUGCCGGGAACUGCAGAUCCCCAUCGAUGAUGACCUAGCGGAGAAGACCGAGAAACUAGCCAAAGUGCUGCAGGACAUCGAGGAUAUGAUUAUGAGCAAGCAUUGCGAAAUCGCCGAGAUCGUCGAGCAGAACGACAAGGCCGAUCGAGGCAGACAGGCUAAGAUAGACCAGCUGCGCAUUGAGCUUACUAAGUCGGAGCAGAGCGUGGCUGCACAGGAGAAGCAAAGGGAGGCCAGCCAACGCGAGAGCGAAUCACUUGGGGUUGAGAUAAAAAAGAUCGAAACCUCUAUGCUGGAAUUAAAGAAGCUGGAGAAAGAAAUAGCCGAUGUAAAUGAACUGUACGAGAACGCUACAAAAGAUUUGGACCAGCAGGCUAUAAAAGAGGCCAUAGCCAGUAAGAAAAGCAGCAUCGCCGAGAAGCAAAAACUAUUUAAAAAACUGGACGAACAAUUAACAUUCCUAGGCUCAAUGGCCAAGCUGGUUGCCGAGAUUAGUCUCAAACAAAAAGAGCUAGAAAAAAAGAACCAGGAAGUCCACCGCUUACGAAGUCGGCACGCAGAUAAUUUUGCUAAAUUCUUUGAAGACCCCAUUAACAGCAAUUAUCGCCGUUCGAUGCAGGGAGCCUACGAAAAACUUCGCCGUGAGAUUAACGAUCUCAACGAGAAAGCCAACGCGCAAAAGCUCAAGGAGCAGAGAUGUGAGAUCCAGCGCAAAAAUCUUAUAUCCGAGAUUUCGCGCAUGGAGAAGGAACUCAAGGAGAGCGAAGAAUUAAUAUAUCAAAAGUGUCACUCAACUCCGUACGAUGAUUUGAUAGAGCGAAGCAAAACGGCAAUUUCCAAACUGCAGUUCGACCAUGGUGCCCUAAAAUCAUCUGAGGCUCUUUAUAAAAAGUAUAUUCAAAAAAUAGACGAAGAGCCGUGUUGCCCUUUAUGCCACCACAACAUGUCUGGUGAUGAAGCAUGUGAUUUGACCACCGAGCUGACCGACGAGAUCCAAAAGUUGCCCGAUAAUAUCAGCAGAGCUGAAAAGGCCUUGAAAGCAGAGCAGUUGAAGUAUGAUAACCUAUUGCAAAUCAAGCCCAACAUUCAAAAGGUAAAAGAUCUUAACAAAUCCUUGCCCCAGAAGAAAGAGGAACUGAAGAAAGUCGAGGAUUUGCUAGGAGAGAGCGUUAGCGAACAUGAGACUUUAAUUGCUCUGAUUGGAGAGCCCACUCACAAUAUGGAGUUGGCUAACUCCAUGAUGGGUGACAUGACUCUAUUGGACGAGGCUUUAAAGGACUCAGUGCGGCUUACAAAAGAUUUGGAUCAGCAGAAGGCCAAGUUGCCCGCUUCGUACGAUUCAAGUGUCUCAAUGGAUGCGCUGCAGGCGGAGAAAAGUCAGGUUUCCAGGGAACUGGAGGAGGAACGCAAGGAGUUAGAUUUGACUCAAAAUGCAUUCCAGCAGCAAAUGGAUGCCCUAAAUCGUUUGCGCGAAAAGAAGAAUAGCUUGAAAGACAGACAAAUUCGCCUGCAAGAAGGUCUUCAAAGUCUGCCACAGUUAAAGGAACGGUUGGAUAAGCUCCAAAAGUUUAUUUCAACUGCAGCCACAGAAAUAAGUGAAUUAAAGGCCAAAAUUCAACCUCUGAAGCAGAAUUUAAGGACUGCGUUAGAAGAAAAAGAGCGUUUGAAAGAAAUCGAAAGGGUAAAAUUGGCUCAGUUGAAUAACAAGUAUAAUUCCUAUAAAAGCACAGAUCAGGAUAUUCAAAGAUUAAAUAAAGAAGCACAGGACUUUGCCAAAUUGGAUCUUCAGAAUGAAAUCAUGAAACUUGAUGAAAACAUAAAGGGCACCAAAGACAAACUAAGGAAAUUGGAUAUCGAAAUCUCUUUAAAAACUGAUGAAUUAGAGACGGUUAAAACUGAAUGCCUCAACCAGCAGACCGUUGAAAGAGAUCUAAAAGACAAUCGCGAGCUGAAACAGCUUCAGGAGAAGGAAAUGAAGCUCAGUGAGAGUUGUAAGACGCUGGACAAAAAGCUGGGUAACUUAGACUUCCGCAGCGUCAGCAAGGAGAAGGUUGAACUGACUAAGCAACUGGAUAAAGCCAGAGUCCGCAAAGGAGAGCUGUUGGGUCAGCUGGGCGAGAUAAACAGCCAGGUUAACAAGUUAAAGCGGGAAAUCGAUGAGCCCAGAUUUAAGGAGUCCCUUAAGAACUUCCGAAAGGCCAACUACGAGCUGAUGAUUACGAAAAUGAGCAUCGAAGACUUGGGCCAGCAUCGUCUGGCCUUGGAGUGGGCUCUAAUUCAAUUCCAUGCUGAGAAAAUGGAGAAGAUCAACCGACUGAUCCGCGAGUACUGGCGCAUGAUUUAUCGGGGCAAUGACAUUGACUACAUCCAGGUAAAGACUGACGAGGUCAGCACGGAUGCUUCGGCGGAUAGACGGAAAACCUACAACUAUCGAGUCGUUCAGUCGAAGAACAACACGGAGAUUGAAAUGCGUGGACGCUGCAGUGCUGGUCAGCGCGUCCUGGCAUCCUUAAUUAUCCGUUUGGCGCUGGCCGAGACAUUCAGCAGUAAUUGUGGAGUCCUAGCGUUGGAUGAGCCGACCACCAAUUUGGAUCGCGUCAAUAUUACUUCUCUGUGCGAUGCCCUCAACUGCAUCGUGGAGGAGCGUCAGACCCAGUCGAACUUUAUGCUAAUUGUCAUUACGCACGACGAGAACUUCAUUUCGUCGUUGGGCAAGAUAACCAACUAUCAUCGUGUCUUCCGCAACGAUGAGUGCAAAUCGGUCAUACGAAAAGUGCGGAUCGGUUGAGUUGUCGGA